AACCCAUUGUAAGCUCCAUUUCGUACAAAAUCCAAAAUGGCGGGAGGAAUUGAACAGGAAUGCCGAUGGAUCAAUCUAUAUAUUUUCCCCUUUUGCUGAUUUGACGACACUCAAUCAUGGAAAUCAAACUGUCCAAUAGAGGCCUUUGGCACAUCAUUACAGGACGUGUUUCCCCUCAGCAUCCGCAACAAGUGGCUGAAGAACUAAGACAGAACAAAGACAAACUUCUCAAUGGAAUACUCACCUAUAAGCCACACAGCUCAACCAGCUCCUUGGACAAGAUAAAGCAAUCAGAAAAUGUUAAAGAUUUUAUUAAAAAGCUCAGUAAAUUCAUGGACCUUGAUGUUAUCCAGACAUUUGAACUGUUUAGUAAUUACUUACACAAUGACUUCAGAGGAACACCCCAACAGCUAAAACAGAAGCUGAAAAAUGAUUCUCAAACAGAACACUUGAUGCUAAAGAUUCUUGAUUAUUAUUUUGAGGAGCGGCUUCACAUUCUGCAGUGUGUCAAGUAUUUGCUUAGUUAUUGGCAAGACCCAAAUCAUGCAUUCAGGGAACAAUUCAUGGAGUGCCUAAAUGGCCUGCAAGAUAAUAACACCCUGAUAACAAAGGUUAUGGAACAAUACCGAUCAUGCUGUUCAGCACAAGUUCAAACAACCCAGCUUCCAUCAUCUCUGGAGAAGACAAGAAACUGCAAACUUACUCUACAGUAUUUACAAGAACAGAUUCUUUUGCUGGAAGUGAUGUUGCUUCAUUAUAAAGAUUUUCUCCACCCUCCAGACUCUCUCCUUCAGACUGUGAAGUUCUUCCAGUCCCAAGGUUUUGGUAUGAGACAAAUCAAUAGGCAUAUCUUUGAUGGCAGAGCAGAAGCUUUGAUCCCACAAAUAAGUUAUCUGCAAGUGCUGGUUCUGAUUGAGUCAUUUGAUCUUGAGGGUCUUAGGAACCAUAUGGAUGAUGGAAGUUUUACUAAACAUCAUAUCGUCCAAGAACCAGCAAUAAUUGAGGAGCUUGAUAAAAUAUUUGUCACUUGGGGGGACCUUCCACAACAUGGCCCUAUCAUGCUUGCCUGGGCUGUCUUUAGAUAUGUCACCAUGGAAACAGACCAAGAACAGGCAGUACGCAGGAUUGGAAGCAAGGCUCUUCAGUGUCAUGUUUUUGAGUACUUGGAGAGUAUGCUGACAUUUGAGGCUUUUUCUGCUUCAAGUCCUGUGGCAUUCAUAUGCAAGAGCCUUGUGUAUGGGCUUAUGUUCAUUGUACUAGGUCUCUUCCAGGAGGACACUCUAGGUGAUAUUAAGCUGCUUGUGUCAGUCCUCUCUCUUGCUUUGAUGGAAAAGGGGCUUUGCAUUGAUUUCUGGGACACAAACCUGAGUGCUGGUGCUGGUUUACUGUUAAAGUCAGCUGCCAAAUGGUUUCCUCUUCAAUUCUCUCCAUUUCUCCAACUUCUGAAAUCCUUAGCAGGUGAAGAGGAGUCUGCAGCAAAGGUGUUCCAGUAUGUGUCUUGCUUGUCCUCCUACACGGAGCAACUCAGAGAGAAUAAAAUAGGUGAUGUGGACUGCAUAGGGGAUGACCAAGUGUGGAAGAUCAUUACUCCCAAAGUGCUCUAUAAGAAUGUGUAUUCAAACGAGCAGCACAUUGUGAUUGACAGUGGGACAUUAGGCGCUCUCAUACCAAAUCAAGGCUCUGCUGUAGUUCAGUGGAGCCAUCGCUACUCUGGCUGGAAGCUGUUUUUAUUUGAGAUUGAUUCCUAUCUGCAGUCUGUCAGCACAGGGACCAGCACAGAGGGAGAGAGGGUGAUCGCCACUGUCGACCUUAUCAAUGAGAUCCUGAAGAACAACUGGUCUAAAGAAGCAGACCUGGGGCCAUUUAUAUCCAGACUGCAUCUGAUUGUGCAGAGAUGCAGCCCUAGUCCCAGCCCUCCACUUGGUCUGAUUGCUUCCUGUUUGCGUUGCCUAGCAACUGUAGCUUCCCAUGAUCCCUUACAGGUCUGGUUUGGUCUUCAGCAAACAGGGUUCCUCCCAUACUGUACAUCUGCUCACACAAGUCACAACCAGUCUACCGUUGACUCCAUACACAUUGCCCAUGGUAACCUGGGUGCCAUACUGAAUGCACGUGAGCAGCCUUCUGGUCACUUCCCCGUCACUGUGGCAACCCUCCACCUGUGUUUGCAGCUAGUGUGUGGUAUUGGUCAGGCACACGAGGACGUAGAGCAGCCAGUGAAUUUCCUGGACUUGGCUGCCUGUGUGGUGUUUGUCAUUCGGGAGGUGUUCACUGGUUUCCACAAAUGGCGCUUCACUGAUGUGAAAGACAGAGAGGAGAUUGGUGAGAAAUGUCUUGAGAUUUUUAAUGCGGUCCUUGGACUUCGCUUGGAAAAGUCGAAGAAUGAGAGCAGAGAUGAGAUGGACUGGGACGAGGUUGAAGAGACAAGACAUGUGAUAAGGUCCGCUUCAGUUCUUCCAGACGUACUUUCCCAUGCGUUACUUCAGUCAAGUGCAGGGCAGCCUCUUCUCAACAUCCUCUGCACUGGGGUGGAUACAGUUGACCGACUCAUAUCACUCGGCGGUUCCACGGGAAGCCAUGCGCUAGCCGUCGUCCAGCUAAUCAAACUAGCCUUUUCUGUGUUGAGCAAGCUUCUGAAUAGGAAACACAAGAAUGAAGAGAUCUCCCCUUUAGAGCAAGCCCUCUCUACCCAAGUUAUCCAGCAGUUGAAGGACCCCCGCAAUCCCACUCCUUCCAGUCCGGGACAGAGCCAGCUUGUUACGGUCAUUUCGUCGUACAUCUACCAUCGAAUGGACAGCAAGUUACCCACACUCGCGACGCUACUGCUCAAGCGUCUUUGCCUCGUUGCUCCCAUGUCAAUGUACGCAAGUUUUGGGGCCGAGGCCAUACCCUUGAGGGACGCCUUUGUCGCGAGACUGAAAUCAUCUAAAGAGGACCUAAAGUUAAAGGUGGCGAUUUUGGAGUUCAUUGCGACCGCAGUAGAAACACAGCCAGGACUGAUCGAACUUUUCCUCGACCUUAAUUCUAAAAGAAAACCGCAGCAUCUGAGUCUUGGCGAUCACAGUUGUCUGCAUGCUGUAUUAAACAUCAUCAACCCCAUUAAAAAGGCUGGUGUGCACAUGCCUUCCAAGCUGGUCUCGGCGGCCUUCUUGCUCCUCCAUGCGCUGUGGUUCGACAGACGCGAUGCCGCCCUCACCGCAAUUCGUAACAGUCCAAAGUUCUGGGAAAAUCUGACGCAUCCACUCUUCACUGACAUUAACAACGAAGAGGAUUCAGGGCCCCAGCUACAGACGUGUUCUUACAGCCUCCAGAUCGUCGCUAUGGAGUCGUACUAUGUAGCUAGUGGGCAACUGGAUGAUAGCUUGAAGACUAUUUUGAAAGACUUCAUCUCUAAGCAGCGGUACCAGUACUGGUCAAAGUUUGUCAAGCUGGCAUACCCGGAUGAGAGCGUUGCUAGGCGAUCUCCCCGUCCACGCAGCCCCCUGGUGUCCAUUGCCAAUGACAACGAUCAUCUGAAGCUGCUACGCUCGUGGAGAACAUUUCUUGUCGUCGCAGCCACCGUUGAGACUAGUGCAUUCAGUCUGACGGACUCUAAGCUGCGAUGUGAAGUACUGGAAGAAACAUUAUCCGCUCUCAAAAGUCAGGUGUCCCGCCCCGUGUGUGCCGAGGUUAUGACAGCAGCACAUGAGCUUAGUGCCCUCUACUUGGUCUUACUUAGAACCUGGAAAAGUGCUUUAAGAAAGUUUAACAGUGCAUUCGUCACCUUGGUUGAUGUCCUGGAGACUGCUAACCGCAAUGACACCCAACUACUGGACCACAUCAGAAGCCCCGUAUUCAGCUGUAUCUCUAUCCUCCUACAGCAUGCCCGCAGCGAGAACAAGUCAGACACGCUGGAAAGCAGCUACGCCAUGGCGCUGUUACCACUCGCUUGUGAACCCCUUGAAUAUCUAAACGGACGACUUGGCAAACAAAACGACAACUCGCGAGAUAGGGUGCUAGAGCUUUCUGUGUUCAUAAUCGACGAAAUUCUGAACAUUCUGCUAUCGAACCCUGGUCAAUGGUUACCGGUGCUUAGAGAGCAUGCGCUGUUUGCUUCGCUUGUCACAGCCCUGGAUAUCUGUGUCAAGACUCGAGAGAAGUUGGAGUUCGCUGAGGCAGUGUUGCACUUGUUUCUCUCCCUCUCCAGGAUACCUGUGAGCGCUGAAGCACUGGCGAUUAACAACCUCUCACAGACGUUGUGCCUUGGCAUUGCUUCGCUCUUCAAUGGGUUGGACUCGGAUCGUACAGCAGAGACUCAGGUGAACAGCAGACUUCCACCACAGGCACCCCAGCCAGGCACAAGGCCCGUCCAACAAUCCGACUCCCCCUCACACCGCUGGACUAACGUGUGGCGGCUCAGCCUAGCUGUCAUGGCCUCCAUGUUAAGAACCCUUCGGUUUGGCUUCCUGAAGGAGGUGUUUGAUUUCGCGGGGGUUCACCGCGAGCAGUUGGCACAAGCCAUGGACCGAGUCCGAACCUCACAGUCUGCGCCCGCCCUGGCCGAGGCUGAAGAAGUAACGGAGUUGCUGCUUGAGCUGGCGCAUUUCCCCAAACAGUGGAGCUUUACGUUACCAGAUGUACUUGGGGUAUUACAGUACCGUGCCGGUGUGUUAUGCCAGACGUGCAUCGCUCUCCUGACCCACCCAAGACUCCUGGCUCAUCUACUUGAGAUGUCUUCUGGAAAUCCACUUCACGAAGGCUCUCAGCCUCUCACAGACAUCAGUCUGUCUCUGAGCGGAUCGUUUGCGAGUAGAGGUCUGCUUCGCUCUUACUCCUAUGCCGACGAGGACUCCUUUAGGAACAAUCCGGUUGUCUCCAGUACUCAGAGCAAGCUGCUGAAGAUCUUGUGUAACACCUUGGCCAUGCUGAGACAGUUCACGCCUGACAUCUGUGAGAUACUGCUGGACGAGGGUAUGGAUAUUGACGAACACUUGCCUAUUCUCGCACUCGUGUUCAGCUCUCCCGCCAUCGACCACGAGGAACCAUUAUCCUUUGGUACCCUACUAGCCUGUCUGAAUAUGUGCCUGACGCAUAUGAGCCCUGGGGACGUCAGAUCGCCGGCCAAGUCUCCGGUCAAAACGCUUUCUGAAACUCUGCCAAAGAAUCUUCUGAUGUUUGCGAUGGAGACGGCCCUAGUGCUGGCCCUGUCCCAAGCGACCCGUUACCUGCGAGAUCCGUCUGUUGACCCUCGUGUCAAGCAGUUAUUAAAGCGCGAGCUUGGCAGCGAACUUAGCACGUUCCUCGGAGGGUUAAACCGGUACUUCAUUCGUCGAGGGUUACCACCCUCCCCCCAGACAGAACGGCCCAGCCCUGCCGCUACCGUCAAGAAAACCCCAACCAAGAUCCCGGUAUUCAGCGAGAUCCCGGAACAACGACUCUUCAAGCUGGCUGACUUGUAUGUCAAACGACUCCUGCGAUAACGAAACGACUCUUAAGCAGCCCCCUACCAAGAUCCCGGUAUUCAGUGAGAUCCCGGAACAACGACUCCUCAAGCUGGCUGACUUGUAUGUCAAACGAUCUUACGAUGUCAAGUGACCCCGACGAUAGCGGAGCAACGUAUCAAACUAGCAAACGCCUCUAAAAAUGUUCGGUUAGCUCACAUAUAGCGUAACCGGAUACUUGGCAUGGACAAGAAGAGAAUAUCAAAGCCUUUAUAAAGGCAAACCCACGCAAUGUACUUAAUUACAAAAAAAACAACAUAAAAUCUAUUGUUUAUUACUAGAA